AUCAGCAUCUUCUUCAUCACUUUCUGUUGUUAUAAAAACACGAAAGCUGUCUUCAUUCCGAUCCAUAUAUACAUUGAGAAUAAUGGCGAAAGAGGGAGUAGCAGUUGACUUCGAGUACGCCAAGCAGAUAGACAAGGCGCGUCGAGAACUACGCGCUCUUAUCUCCUCCAGGAACUGCGCUCCUCUCAUGCUCCGAUUAGCAUGGCACGAUGCUGGUACCUAUGAUGCAAAGACGAGAACAGGAGGUGCCAAUGGUUCCAUUAGGAAUCAACAGGAAUUGAAUCACCAAGCUAACAGGGGCUUGGAAACAGCUGUUCAAUUUUGUGAUGCACAGCAUUUAAGGGAUGUCUUUUAUCGCAUGGGUCUCACUGAUAAACAUAAAGAACGGUCAGGCUUUGAAGGCCAAUGGACAGAGAACCAUUUGAAGUUUGAUAACUCCUAUUUUGUAGAGCUAAUGGAUUCAAAAGAUUCAUUCAAGCUUCCAACAGACAAGGUUCUAGUUGAGGAUCCUGAGUUCCGCAAGUAUGUAGUACGCUACAAAAAUGAUGAGGAUGCUUUUUUCGCAGAUUAUGCAGUGUCACACAAGAAGCUCUCAGAGCUGGGCUUCAAUCCAAAUCGUGUUUCAGAUAGCCGUAUAGUCCAUGGAGUUAUAGGGUUUCUAGUUGCCUCAACCGUGAUCGUGAUGGGUUACUUAAUUGAAAUCAACAGAAAAAGCAAGUGAUUAUGUUGUCUUAUUAUUGUCUUCUUUCCAGAAAUAUAUGCUGAUAUUAUAUUAACACUCAGUGUCAUUUGUGAAUUUCGCAAUUUCAAUUGUAUGUGGUGGAUCUUGUAUUCAUAAUUACAAUUACAAUUUAUUAUUGUUUCAAUCAAUAUAAAUAAACAACUGGCCUAUUAGCUCAGUUGGUUAGAGCGUUGUGCUAAUAACGCGAAGGUCGCAGGUUCGAGACCUGCAUGGGCCAUUUUAU